AUGUAUUAUAUUAAUACUUUACCAAUUCGGUAUAUAAAUGGCGAGAGACGCCCGAUACCAGUCAAAGGAGAAGGUUAUUACCACCAAUAUGAACCGGUAGAAUUCACAAUGGAAGUAAAGAAUUCUGACGUGAAACACACAGCAAUUGGUAGAAUUUAUUUAACAGACAAACGAUUAAUUUUCAUUGCAGAUAAAUCUUCAAAGUUGAGUGAAUUUGACACUUUUUAUAUAAUUAUGACGGAUAUCGUUUCCUCAGUCAUGCCUCCAAAAUUUACAACAACAUAUAGAAGUAAAACUGUCUUCUCCACGGAAAUAACUUUAAAAAAAUCAGUUUUGAAAAUUUCUGUUAAUUAUUGUGGUGGAUAUGAACAAGAUGCGGAGGCUAAAGGGAUUUUUGAAGAUUAUUAUGGAAUAAUGGGGUCUGAAUACAUUAUUAAUUCUUCGUAUUAUAAUGAUGACUAUCAUGAUUCAAUAGUUAGUUCCAAUCCUCCGCCUUAUAAGCAUAAUAAUAAUCCAUCAUCUCAGCAUCUCCUUCAUCAUGUAGAGGAAGAUUUGCCUCCAUAUCAAUAA